GCAUUUAUUAAGCUUUCUUCUGAUAUAUAGUUUGCUAGGAUUUUAGGGAAACUAACGCGCGUACGAAUGUUUCUCCGAAGGACACCCGCGAAGGUGGGAAGUAACCUUAACAAGAUUCCAUGUUGUCGUGCGUCCGUUCAGAAAAUAGAUAGCAGAUGACGUCAAAAUGUGGUAAGAAUAAUAAAGUGACACACGAGGUGCAGCCUAGCGUCACUUACAAGAGAUGCAGCCGAGUGUGUGACUGAUGUUCUUACCAAGUCUACCGUGAUCUAUCACUGCCCAGACGCAUAGCAACAUGGAGUGUAUUUGUUUUAUAUGAUAAACAAGAGUCUACACGGAGCCUACAUUCUGGCCGGAUUUGCUGUUCAGAUGGAGAGAAUUGAAGGCCUUGCGGUUUUUAGCAAAAUCGCUGUCGGGUGCUUUUCAUUCUUUACUUAACAUGGAGAGUUAUGCAGAUUAAGACUUUGGAACAAGUUGAUGCCAUGACAAAUUGGAAAUACUAAAGUGGCUUGAUGAAAUGUGGGAACUAACGUAAGGACCGCGGCAAAGUCAACAGAAAAGGAAUUAGUGACUUUGUGACUUAGCUUGAGUCGCGGAGAAAUCUAGAAUGACGGUAAUCAUCCAACUCCGCAGAAUAAUAAACGUAUACCUCGGGCGUUCUACAUAACCGGUGCUAAAUAGAUUAUCAAAUUUCCGGUUGCAAAAUUCAUCAAAUUUUAACGCUGCAGAUAAAAAGCUAAAAAAAUUUCAACAGUGACGUCGUCAAUUCGUCUGCUCUACAAUAGAUCAUAGAGAAGAACCAAUGUAAACGCGUGAAUAAUUCACGUGAACAAAUCAUGUAUGAUUUAUCGACACUCUGCCAAACAUCCUUAGUCGUCGAGUAUGAUGGCAAGUUCUAAACCACACUUUGCUGCAGUAACCCUCGAAGAUUUUACUGAUUCACGUGUUGGAGACAUAACACUCGGCGAGGAGCAAAGCAAAUUUCUUGAUGCAGCACGUGGUGGCGACGCACAUGGUGUUCGUUUGUACGUGCUGGAGAAACAUGUCGAUGUGAACUGCACGAAUUUGUCUGGAGAAACAGCUUUGCAGCUAGCAGUAAACAACGACCACCACAAUAUCGCCAAGUUUCUUCUUGAGAAUGGAGCUGAAGUGGGGAAUGCCUUGCUACAAGCUGUUGCGAAAGAUUCGGUCGAGUGGGUGAGAGCGUUGCUCGAUUUCGUGGAGGACUCGGAGAGUCGACCAACCAGUUCGAGCAAUGUGUCUUCCGAACAGCAGACGAGCCAGGUUCAGUAUAGUAGAUUCGUUUCCCCUUUGAUGUUGGCUGCCCACAAUGACAACCAGGAGAUUGUGAAACUUUUCUUGUCGAAGGGUUUCACUAUUGAAGAACCAGCAUUCCAUGAUAGAUCCUGUGAAUGCGAUGAAUGCAUGCGCUUGGGAAAGCGAUUGGGGACUUCUCUUUACCGUUUGCAGAGUUAUCGAGCGCUAACUAGCCCUGUAUACAUGUGCAUGUCGUAUUUACUCGACAAAUCAAGCGAGCAGCUGGUCGAAGAACAAGACUUAACUUCGUCCAAAGAUCCGAUCGUUCGAGCUUUCCUUUUGAAUCGGAAGUUGGAGAAUCUCGUGGAUACAGAGUACGAAUUCAAAGCGGACUACAAACAGUUGUCUAACAACUGCGAAGAAUUUGCAGUGGCACUUCUCGCCAAAUGCCGCACGAUGGAAGAAAUAAGCUGUGUAAUGGAGGUACCAGGUAUUGAUCAAGUACAGCAUGUCGAAGUCAGGGGAGGACCAGAAGCCCAAAAGCUCAGCGUGCUGAAUUUUGCCAUUGCUAAUGGUAAUGAGAAGUUUGUCGCUCACCCUUACAGCCAGCUUAUGCUCAACUCGGUGCUGUACGACAGAUUGGGAGGAUGGGAAGAUUUUGGCUUCCUAAAGAAAGUGAUAUGCAGUAUAUUAUUAACGUUACUGUUGCCAGUGUUGGUUUUAGUUUAUUUCCUGGCGCCUAACUCUCAAGUCAGCAAAAUGCUGAAGAAACCAUUCUUCAAGUUUGUAAGUCACGCGGGGUCGUUCUGCUGCUUUCUUAUCCUGCUCAUAUUUUCGUCGAUCCAGGACAAGUGGAUUGAUGUGCUUCAGUUUUCAGUCAUUGAUUUGUUCAUGUCGCUGUGGAUCGCCGGUCUGUUGUUCCAAGAGGCACAGGAGGCAUUUCGCCAAGGUAAAGAGCGUUAUAUUUCACAAUACUGGAACCUCGUCACACUGUUUAUGAUAGGGUUGUUCAUAAUUUCGGGAAUCCUUUGGAUUGCCGGGUUCAUCAUGACAGCGCAAGGAUUUGGAGGCUGGACAAUACCCAUUGGCGACGUAUUUGGUGACAAAGCCCAAGUGUACGCAUAUCGCCUUAUUCUCCUUUCUAAUGCCACAUUUUCCAUCAGUCUGGUGUUGAGCUUCAUAAAUGCUUCAAACUUUUUUCAAGUUAACUCCAUUCUCGGGCCUCUGCAGCUGUCCUUGGUGAAAAUGAUGCGAGACAUUAUCAAGUUUCUGUUCCUGUUUUUGUUGUUGUUUCUCGCAUUCGGUUGGGCCGAGCGAAAGGUUUACUCCCGGUACGUACAAACAAGGAAAGUUUUUCAGGGGAAUGAAACUGAACACGAAUUUGCCAGGAUCGGAGGAAGUUUGAGGUUCUUGUUUUGGGACUUGUUUGGCAUGUCGGAACUGUCGGACCUGAGAACACACAAGAACUUCAUCAUCACUCAAUACGCAGGGGAAGUUCUCCUGGGAUUAUACAGUAUUUUUUCCAUUGUAGUUGCCAUAAACAUGUUGAUUGCAAUGAUGACGAACUCCUAUCAGAGGGUCGCGGACGAUGCUGAUAUCCAGUGGAAGUUCUCGAGAACUCGGAUGUGGAUGCCAUAUCUGGACGAAGGCAAUGUAUUGCCGCCGCCAUUUAACCUCAUUCCUCAUCCGUAUUUGGUAAUCCGUCUCUGUAGAAGGUUUUGCGCUGAUCCGUCCUCCUUCCUGCGCGGAUGCUGUGCUAGGCGCGAAAGACCAGCGCCUCUACUAAAAGAUAAGGUGGACAUACAGAGGCGUCGCGUGGUAAUGAGGCGUUUGAUCCAGCGGUUUCUACUCACUAUUGAGAAUUCGAACAAACCCUUCCAGUCCCAUGCCCCUCAGCUUACAGCGGAGAGAUUGGGGGACUGUGGCGAACUAAAGGAUAUGAUUGCACAGUUGCAAGGCAUGUUGAGAAGGAGUGAAGAAAGGAAAGGUCUUGCUGAUGAUGAUGCAGCAAAACCACAGUCUGAGGAAAAAACCAAGGUAGAGAUUCAUCACAGAGGCAAUGGAACUUAUUGCAAAGCGGAGAAAGACACGGACGCUAUUCUGUGAGCUAGAUAUUGACAGUUAAAGAACUUUUAACAUUCCUUUUUAUAGUCCUCUAACUCGUUGAAUGGGCGUAGCUUGAAAAUUGAGUUCUUGUGGUGUCUCUAUAUGCGAACAUGUCACACGCUCACUCCAGUGAGAACGAUGACGUUACAGGGUCGCUCACUCAAUAAGAAUGGUGACAUACUUCAAAAAUUUUCGUUUAACUUGGGAAAAUUUUUGUUUGUUCACAUAUAAUGAAGAAGAUCGGAGACAUCACUCGGCAAAUCAAUUUGAUUGGUAAUUCGUAGAAAAAAGAAGUUUCUUCAUUUUCGUCAUUUUUAACUUUCUUAUUCCCACGUUUACUGAGUCCCCGGCUAAGAAAACUCUCAGCUUUUCAUAGAAGAAAUUAAAAAGAGAUCUGUUUCCAGGAAUUAUCCGUUUUUCCGUCAAUCGCAAAAUGCAUUGUUUCGAAGACGCAGAUCGAAAAAUAGGUGUUUGCAAGUAAUUUUCGAUAAAAUGAGAGAGCGACUUUUUUUUUUUAAGGUCCCUUAUUUUUUUACCCAAAGAUCUCUCACGCAGCUGCUAAGUCACUCGUGAUGAAUUUGCUUUUUUUGAGGAUUUCGAGAAACUCGUUCAAUUGACGACCGGUCUUUUUAAAUUUUAAGUUGGUUGUUAGUUCGCAGGUAUAAUAUUUUACAGCCAAUUUUGGAACAUGAUCAAAGUUUACCAGGAUUUUUUAUUCUUUAAUAGUAAGCGUGAUAAAACCAGAACAAAAGCCUCUGUAGUUUCAGAAAUAGACAUUUUAACACGUUUGAGAUGGAUUUUAAUGUAAAGAAAGAGGGUAAGGUUAGGGAGCUCGUUGAGGGUCAAAGAAUUUAUUUUAAGUGGCGUAUAUUUUUCAACAGCUCUACUAGAAAAAAGUGAAAGAUUGUGCUCAGAUGGCAAAAAUAUCUUGACUUUUUAGUUGUAUUAAAUGGUGCUUAUUUGAAAAAA